AUACUGUCUGUAUUCAGUCCUGCUAAAGGGUACAAGGGCUGGAUCUGCUCCUCCUCACCUGUCAAGUUUGAACAGGUAACCGUAGCCUGUGGUCCACGCCCUCCGCUGCGCCGUUGCGCACAGGUAUCACAGAGCAGGAAGUGGCUGUCAACGCCGUCGAUGUUGCUGUGAGGUGAAUGAAAACGCAAAUGUGUAUUUGAGAGACAAGCAGCAGCUUUUUUUUUCGGGAUCAGGUUUUAUAUUUUCUGCGUUUUAUUUUUUAAAGAGCGGGAGAAUCAUUUUCAGAGAACAUGCGGCUGUGCGGGACGUGCGCGCUCCUGGGACUUUUGUUUUGGACGCUGUUCGACUCAUCAGCAUGCCUACAGGCGGUGAUCCGACCAGACAAAGGCUCGACUGUGACGGUGUCCACCGAGCUGCCCUUGGAUCAAUGUUCCGUGUGUACAGUCAGCGGGGUGAAUGACACACAGACAUCCUGCCUCUCCUCUCAGUCUCUGGUACCCGAGGUGGAGAUCAAACUGCUGUUUAACUGCUCCCAGCCGAUUGAACAGGCGUACACUGUGGUGAUUGCUCGCACCAUUGAGUGCACUAAGGAUGCCUGCAGUCCCGCAACAGAAAAACCUCAACCCUCCAUCCUCACAGAGUUCACCAGAACCUUCACCUGGGAGGUGAAGGCACCUGAGAAGAUACUUGUGAGCCUGGACAUCCUUGGACCGGGACUGAUGGAGAUGUCACAACCAUGCCCUAAUGGAAUUCAGUAUUUGGUGGCCACAUCCAAAACAAACGACAAAGACCGGAUCCAGUAUUGUGAAGGCGGUUCUGUGACUCGUUUCGACCUGCUCAACGAAGCUGUUGUGUCUCUGCAAGUUAAACCAAAGGCUCAGGUUGAUUCUGUGUUGUUCCAGGCCUCUGCUGGACCAUUAAAGGGCCGAAAAAUGGACAUAACUGUUAAUUCCAGCACGACUGUGGUCGUUACGCGUAAUCCUAAAGAACCUGAAUGUGAAGUGUGCUCUAUGGAUGGCUCCACUCCCAACUGUAGCCCAACAGAAAAGACACUGACCAACGUGGAAAAACUCUCGCUGGAGUUCAGCUGUCUAAAACCUCAGGAUGUGUACACUGUGAUGAUAAAGAAGAAAAUAGAAUGCACAAAGACUUCCUGCUCUCCUGCUGCAGGAGCAGUUGAUCCCGACCUCUUUAAGGACUUUAAAAGAUCCCUAAAAUGGGACAUUAGUGUUCCAGAGAGGACUGUAUUAACUUUGGACUUCCCUGGUGGAUUAAAGGAGAUGUCGGGAGCAAACAAUUGCCAAGAUGGCCAUGAGUACUCAGUGAGUACAACCAAAAGUGAUGGAGAGAUCAAAACUAAGAGCUACUGCAAGGGUGGGACAGUGUCUAAGCUGGAUCUACUCGGAGCGACGAUUGUGAAUGUAGAAGUGCCCAAAGGAGGAGAGCUGGACUCAACAGCAUUCAGUGUGAAAGCAGCACCAAGAGGUGGCAGAAUGAUGUCCGUCACUCCUGAUCCUGACACCAUCAUUCUUAUCCAGAGGGAGCCUGGCGAGCCGGACUGCAGUGUGUGUGAGAACGUGGCCCCCAAACAGAAAUGCAACCCACGAAGGCUUGAACUAAAAGAUCCUACCAACACUUCAGUAGAGUUUACCUGUCCUCGACCUCAGGACGUCUUCAGUGUGAAUAUCAACAGAGAUAUUGACUGCAGAGAGACCACCUGUUCGGGUAACAUUGUUCAGGUCGAGUCAUCACUGUUCCCAGACUUCAAUCGGACCUUCACCUGGUACCUGACAGCUGACCCCACUCGGACGUUUCAACUGGACUUCCCUGAGUCAGGAAUGCGGCAGAUUCCCAGCACGGAAACCUGUCCAGAUGGGCACUCAUACACUCUUAGUAUCUAUGUGCGUUCUGGGCCACAAAACAUUGGUACCUUUUGCAAAGGAGGAACUGUGACCACCAUCUUGGGUCUAUACCGUGGCUCUAUGUCUCUAAAGGUGCCUGGGGACAGGAAGCUGGAUCCUGUUAACUUCAAACUCACUGUUGGACCUGAGACAACCAUGGUAGCCAUAGUGAAAGUCAACCUUCCACGAGGUGUAUCGGAGACAGACUUCAUCACAGCCAACUAUCCUGGUGAUUUCCCUGAUGACCAGCAGACGCAGUGGGACUUCACGGUGCCCGGCAUGCACAACUACUCGAUGCAUUUCCUUGACCACACAGCUCCAGAAUGCCUCAACAAAGAAGUGGAGGUGGAGUACCACCAAAAUGGCAAGAAGGUGACCAAACUGACCCUGACGGAUCCUCAGCCGAAACAUCAGCAGGGCAACUUUAACAUGGUGCUGAAGAACUGUAAAACCAACAGGACGCUACAGGGGCUUGCGUUGAAAUACAAAGUGUCUGUAAUGAGGAGUGGUCAUCCAGUUCUGUGUACGGUGGACCUGACCAAACACCAAGGAGUGUCCCUGCAGAUAGAGAAAGUGGGUUCUGAUCCAUAUUGUGAGAUGAGCAUCGACUCUGAGGUCAAAGAGAAGAUAAAUGUGGCUGCAGGCACUAAGGCCAGCCUCUCAUUCCUCGACUGUCCAAAUGAAGAUCUGCGAUUGACCGCCAGUAAAGUUAUUGGGUGCCAAAAUCUGGCGUCAUGUUCUCCGACUCUCCUCACUGUGCCCAAACUGGAUUCAUGUCUACGGAUGCCCCUCCACAGCUUCACCUGGCACAUCCGCAUCUCUCAGGACAGAACAGUGGACCUGAUGUCGCCCACAGGGAGUCUUCGACAGUCCCUGCCUGGCCAGGAGUGUAAUCAUUCUCUCUCCUUGCAUGUGGUGGAGGGAGAUGGAUCUCCUAUUGGCGAUUUCUGCUUUGACGGAAGCAUCGAGAAAGUUCAGGUGCACGCCAACGUCUCUGUUACAGCCACAACCCAGAACUUUCACAAAAGGAAGGCCUUUCUCAACGUCAGCUUCACUCAGGAGAUCCCAGACAGAAUAACAACAGAAUGCAACAAGUCCAGACAGACCAUUAUUUACAGAGUCAGUCCAAAGAUGUCAUCCCCAUCCCUGCUGGCCACCCCCAACUGGCCUCAGGGUAUGAACCCUCCCUCCACCGUAUCCUGGAUCGUCACUCUGCCGAGCCAGUAUCAGGCACUCAUGCAGUUUGUCAACAUCAGCCAGCCCAAAUGCAAAGACAGGCACACCUCCAUCAAGGUGAAGAUGCUCGGGCAGGAGGAGGAGAUCAUGAGCCGCAGGGAGGACGAGCAGGCGGAGGAUAAGUUACUGGUGCCACACAGUUUCUAUCUGAACAUGUCCAACUGUAUCCCAGACGAGGGACAGUUUGGUGCAGUGAUCAAAAUCACUCUGCAGAAGAAGACCAAUCUGUUGGCCAUCCUUCUCGGGAUAGCAGGAGCUCUUUUGCUUUUGCUCAUCGUGCUGGCUGUUGUAUGCAUCGUCACAAAGAAAAAGAAAAAAGACAGGAUGAACAAGGAGUCGUCCAUCUACAUCGGCAAAGGGAACAUCUUCCGUCCGGGUGAUAUGCACUUUACCAAAAGUCGGUCUGACAACGAAUCCCACGUCUACGACUCCAUAGAUGAGACAAUGGUGUAUGGCCACCUACUGGGUGACUCCUCCAGCUAUGCCGACAGCAUGCAGGACCACUUCAAAGGGAUCCAGGUGGACUCUUAUCAAACAUUUACAGGCCCUGUUGAUGGAGGGCUGCCUGUAAUCAAAGAGCCAGACCACGAGCCUGAGAUGGACCAUUUCACGACGUUCCUGGACCCAUCUGAGACUUUCAUCCCAUCCCGUCCGCGCACUCCUAUUGACCGACAGGACAGCCUUGGCUUCCAGGACCGCAGGAUGGUGGACAAUGAACUUUACACGUUCAAGAGCACGGGCGAUAUGAACCCGAUCCGGCUCUCCGGUGUUGACAUGGAUCCACAGCCACCAAUAUCGGAGGAGUCCUUGUAGUGCGUCAGGACUGUAACCGCAUGAUGGACUGCUGUUACUAAAUUCUUGUUACAGCACCGAGUAUGUGAACUUUGAUCACACUCAGGGAAAUCUGAGUUCGAUGAGCUUCUGAAUGUGACGUGUACGUCGUGUUUGUCAGGACUCAUUUCUAAAGCUUCAAGAGCAGAUGCUGUGAUCCUCUUCAUAAAAGGAAGUAGCUUUCUUGACCUGUGUUUGACGAUAAGAUAGAUUCUAUUCUCAUGUCUGUCCAGUGAAUAUAAAGCAUAGCUUAGCAUAAAGACUGAAAACAAGGGGAAACAGCUAGCCUGGUCUAUCCAAAGGUAACCCACCUACCAGCACCUCUAAAGCUCACUAAUUAAUUCAUGAUAUCCGUUUAACCUGUACAGUGACUUUCUGGAGUCUUGUAGCUACUCAGAGUCACUGCUCUCAGAUAAGAAAUAACCUCAUAAAAAUAGGUUUUUUAAAUUCAUUUGGAUUAUUAUUAUUAUUUUUUUAAAUAAAUAAAUCAGACAUAACAUAUUAUUAAGUGAGCUUUAGAGGUGAUGGAUGGUGCAUUUUUGUUGGCUAGCUGUUUCCAAUCUUUGUGCUAAGAUAAACUAGUUUAGCUUAUACAAACAUGGGAAUGAUGUCGGUCUUAAGUCUCAUCUAAAUCUCAGGAAGAAAGCAACAAAAAUGUCUUUUCUUUUAAUGUUUGAUUAGUUUAGUUUUAUUAAAUUUCUGUCAAUGUGGCGUGGACUCAGGAGAAGGGACUAUGGAAAAAAUAUGCAAGUACCUCUUGGUUCUUGUUUUAAAAGUGUUUUUACUGUAUAUUAUUUACUGGUGUGUUUUUGAGAUUUGUUUUUUAUUUACCUGUAAAUA